AUGAAGAUGCUUCUGGGCUGCUCUCUCUGCCUGCUUGUCCUCCUCGGCUGGAUGAGUGGAUAUGUGGAGAGUGGCACUCUGCAUCUGGACAGCUGCUCUGUCAGUGUUCACACACAUGAACUACGCAAAUAUUACUCUGCAAUAAGAACAAAUGCGAUAGAAGAAAACAGUGACAUUGGAGUGAAACUCCUGGAUAAAAACUCUAUUUGUCUUUCUCUUCAGGAGGGACAGACAUGUUGUUUCCUGCGUCUUGUGCUGCGUUUCUACGUUGAGAGAGUGUUCAGCAACUACGUCUCGUCUCAGCCAACACAGCAACGCUCCACCAGCGCUUUGGCCAACGCUUUUGUCAGCAUCAGAAGAGACAUACAUAAAUGUCACUGCCAAUGUGCAGAAGAGACACAGAAAACCAUCGACUCCCUGCAUGCUGAGUUUGAUAAGCUGGUGAUUGACUCGGCGGCCCAGAAGGCUAUGGGAGAACUGGACACUGUGCUGGAGUGGCUGGAGGCCCAGAAAACACACGCAUGA